CCGCUCUCCAGCCCGCUUGUACGCUCCCUACAGCCACCACUAGCCAUCAGAAUGGCCAAUAGGGGACCUGCCUAUGGCCUGAGCCGGGAGGUGCAGCAGAAGAUUGAGAAACAAUACGACACAGACCUGGAGCAGAUCCUGAUCCAGUGGAUCACCACCCAGUGCCGCAAGGAUGUGGGCCGGCCUCAGCCUGGCCGGGAGAACUUCCAGAACUGGCUCAAGGAUGGAACAGUGCUUUGUGAGCUCAUUAAUGGACUGUACCCUGAGGGCCAGGCCCCAGUAAAGAAGAUCCAGGCCUCCACCAUGGCCUUCAAGCAGAUGGAGCAGAUCUCUCAGUUCCUGCAGGCAGCUGAGCGCUAUGGCAUCAACACCACGGACAUCUUCCAGACUGUGGACCUCUGGGAAGGGAAGAACAUGGCCUGUGUACAGCGGACACUGAUGAAUCUGGGUGGGCUGGCAGUAGCCCGAGAUGAUGGGCUGUUUUCUGGGGAUCCCAACUGGUUUCCCAAGAAAUCCAAGGAGAACCCUCGGAACUUCUCAGACAACCAGCUGCAAGAGGGCAAGAAUGUGAUAGGGUUGCAGAUGGGCACCAACCGUGGGGCAUCUCAGGCAGGCAUGACUGGCUAUGGGAUGCCACGCCAGAUCCUCUGAUCCUGCCCCACCCGUGCCCCACCCUUCCGUGAAUGGUUAAUAUAUAUAAGUUUUUUUUUUUUAAGCAAUGACAUUCCCUGAGAGCCCCUGGAGCCCUCAGGCUCCCCUCUGCCAGGGUUGGAGACUGGCGUAGCCUGUCUCCUCUAGAGGUGCCCAAUGGUGGCCUCUCCCCAUACUUACUAAUACAUUCCC